CGCACAGGCUACUGGGAUGCCGCCUUUCCCCUCUGGGUCUUCCAGUUUCCCGGCAUGCUUCAGGCCCGCCAAAUGGGAGGGGGAGACACAAGAUGGCGGCAGCCGCGAACUCCGGCUCCAGCCUCCCGCUGUUCGAUUGCCCGACUUGGGCAGGUAAACCCCCACCUGGUUUACAUCUGGAUGUAGUCAAAGGAGACAAACUAAUCGAGAAACUGAUUAUUGAUGAGAAGAAGUAUUACUUAUUUGGGAGAAACCCUGAUUUGUGUGACUUUACCAUUGACCACCAGUCUUGCUCUCGGGUCCACGCUGCCUUGGUCUACCACAAGCAUCUGAAGAGAGUUUUCCUAAUAGAUCUCAACAGUACACACGGCACUUUCUUGGGUCACAUUCGGUUGGAACCUCACAAGCCUCAGCAAAUUCCCAUCGAUUCCACAGUCUCAUUUGGCGCAUCCACAAGGGCAUACACUCUACGUGAGAAGCCUCAGACAUUGCCCUCGGCUGUGAAAGGAGAUGAGAAGAUGGGUGGAGAGGAUGAUGAACUCAAGGGCUUACUAGGGCUUCCAGAGGAGGAAACCGAGCUUGAUAACCUGACAGAGUUCAACACUGCCCACAACAAGCGGAUUUCCACCCUCACCAUCGAGGAGGGGAAUCUGGAUAUUCAAAGACCAAAGAGGAAGAGGAAGAACUCACGGGUGACUUUCAGUGAGGAUGAUGAAAUCAUCAACCCAGAGGACGUCGAUCCCUCAGUUGGACGCUUCCGGAACAUGGUACAGACUGCAGUGGUCCCAGUCAAGAAGAAGCGAGUGGAGGGCCCUGGCUCCCUGGGCCUGGAAGAAUCAGGGAGCAGGCGCAUGCAGAACUUUGCAUUCAGUGGAGGACUCUACGGGGGCCUGCCCCCUACGCACAGUGAAGCCGGCUCCCAGCCGCACGGCAUCCACGGGACAGCACUCAUCGGUGGUUUGCCCAUGCCAUACCCGAACCUCGCCCCUGAUGUGGACUUGACUCCUGUUGUGCCAUCAGCAGUGAACAUGAAUCCUGCACCAAAUCCUGCAGUCUACAACCCUGAAGCUGUCAACGAACCCAAGAAGAAGAAAUAUGCAAAAGAAGCUUGGCCGGGCAAGAAGCCCACACCUUCCUUACUGAUUUGAUAUUUUUGGUCAUAGAGAAGGGAGGGUUUGGGUGGGAACUGGGUGGAAGGGUGAUGGGGGAGCUAAUGAACUAGGGAGAAAAAAUUUCCAUGUGUGCAGUAUCAUCUUUCAGAAUGUCUCCUGGGGUCCUAACCAUGUGAUGUUAAAGUGGGGGGUGGUUGAAAUAUCCCAUAAAGACCUGUCUUCAGAACACUUUCAGUAUAGAGAAAUGUUUUAUAUAUCCUUUUAAAUAGGCUGCCCUGGCUCUUUCCCAGGCCUUCCAUUACCUCCUUUUUCUUUUCUCCUUCUUUCUAGGAUCAUUUUUAUUUAAAGUCAUGUACCCCGGGGAGAGACUUCUGGCCCUCAGGUUGAAUCCAGAGCUGAGAAGUGACAAUUACAUCACCAGCCUUGUGGGCUCAGCAGCCUAAUUUAUAUUUACUAUCCUCACAAGUUCCAGAUAGCAAGAGGGUUGCCACACAUCUGAGGUUGAUAAAAAAGAGGGUUUAGAAUUCUUCAGUUAAGCUAAGGUUUCAGCUCAAAAAUGUUUUCCUCAGUCAAUGGUUUUGAGGUCCAAUAGUUAGGCUUUUCUCUUUUGUCCUUUCUGUUGGAAUGAGAACAUUUUGAUUUUUGUCUGUGACCAGUGCCAUAGACACAGAUUGAUAGUUUUAAGCUUACUACUUUGUUUGAACUUUACCUGUUUUUCUUGUCAAACCUGAGUACUCUACUUGCUGAAGUUUCUCAUUUGAUGCCAGAGUACCGUCCUCUACUCUCUAAGGCUUUACUUUCCUUUCAAGGUGUGUUAUGAAGGCAACUUUUAAAGGAUAUGACCAAUUAGAGCAAUUCCCAUUAAAAAGGAAAAGAUUUUUACUUUGCAAGUAACUGACAUCUCUAAGAGGGCAUGUUUAGAUGGUUGUUCGGAGGCUCUUUCCCCCCUUGACUGAGAGCUCUCAUUAUCCAGAGCUCCAAGACAAGACCUGGCUAAUGUAGGAGAUGAAGGUAGGAAACGAUAGGAGCUUUGUACAGAGAUUUGUACAUUUGUGUAAUAGGCCUUUUCACGCUUUAUGUGUAGCUUUUUACCUGUAACCUUUAUUACAUUGUAAAUUAAACGUAACUUUUGUCA